GAAGAAUGUGCGAAGAAGUGUUAUGAAACGAUCUUGACUCCAUUUGACUAUCUGAAGCUGACUCAUGAAGCACUCCAACAUGCAGAACGCGCCGCGAAUCACUUGAGGGCAGUUUCUAUAUGAUAUGGUACCGCUGGCUCUGGAAACGUCUGAGUGACAUUGAAGAACACGCAUAUCUGGAGAUCCCGAACCAAACCUUCCUCUCCAGCCAGUACAAGCUCAUCUACAGUCAUCAUCCGUACAUUCUGGACCGGUUACCAUUAGACUGGCACCACUGACCAUUUAACCCCGGUGUGGAUACUUGUACUGACCGCAGUGGUUAUGCGCGAUUUCCAAUGGACCCAAAUCGUUUUACUUUGCUUGGAUCAGUUUUCUAUUUAUUUUGUUUGCUUUGCUUUUUAAUAAUAGUUUCGCUGUGUCAUUAGCUCUUGAAUUCGGCAAGAACAGUUAAAUAAUGACUGUUUAAUGUCCGCUCGUCCUUAAAAAUAUAUAUAUUUUUAUGUGUUUAUGAGAUGCGUAAAAAGGAAAAACACUGCGCGUCCUAAAUUCACGUAGGAUUUUCGAGUCCCGGCAACAUUCCCGUGAAAAUCUGUGGAGUAAUGCAGCUUACUUUGAACUUGCGUUGAGGAGGGUGUCUGGAUUAUUAUCUGCGGGACGGAGUGAGGAUGCAUUCGGGGAUGCGGGCGCUCUGUGCUGGCGGAGGCGCGUCUCUCUGCUGCCUGCUCAUGCUGUGGAUGAUUUACACCCACCUCCUUAAAGAAGGUCAGUUGGCAGUCGGCACUUGUGAGAUUGUGAUGUUGAAUAGAGACAGCAGUCAACCCAAGCGCACUAUUGCCAGGCAGACAGCCCGCUGUGCCUGCCGGAGAGGACAGAUCGCUGGCACCACACGGGCCCGACCAGCGUGCGUGGAUGCCCAUAUAGUGAAAAGCAAGCAGUGGUGUGAGAUGACUCCGUGUUCAGAGGGCGAGAUUUGCGGCCUGCUCUUAAAUCGCUCUGGAUGGACCUGCACCAAAGGAGGCGAGCGCAUUAAAACCGUCACGCCGCUGCCCAAAGAGCCAUCUUAAAGGACUUCAGACUGCCGUGAGGAGGUUUGCUGACAUUCACAGGAGCAACGACACCAAACAGGAAUUAUCCAUCAGUCCCACACAUUUGUGUCCAACCUCUCAUCUCUGAGCUAAAGAUAUCAGCCACCCCACUCAUCGCCCUCAAAACAGGAACUAGAACCGUGUGCCAUGGUUAGAGUCACUCAAGCAUCCCUACUGUUAUAUACAGAUCAUUGAGUCCCAGUGACUGCCAUCACUUCUUGUUAACACAGCGGGAGACGUCUUCUGAACAUUUCUUUGUGAAACCUUGACAUUGUUCAUCUCCGCUGUUUAGGUUUUGAGAUCUUUUUACAGCUUACAGUAGCCAGAAGAACAUUUUUGCUUGCUUUCCACUUAAGCCAAUGGAGAAGACUGCUAAUGUACCUUUCAAAUGAAGAUUAUUGUUCAUUACAGAGAGCAAAGAGGUUGUUGUGUAAAAGCUAUCUAGAUGGACAUGUACGGGUGUUAUUCACAACCACCAUCUGUCUCUUAAGAGCAAAGAUGUCUCAGUGAAAGGCCAAGGAUGUGUAAAGACCUUUAAAUAUACAGAAAAUACAUUGAAAUGGUUGAACUGUGGACAAACUCAUUCAAUACACUGAGAAAGUGGGACAAAGCAGCAGAUGACUAAUAUAUACUGUACAUUUGAACUCUUGUGUCGUGCUUUGGCCAAAUGGAUUCUGUGCUGUUAGCUCUGUCUGAGAAUGGCAAUGCAUUGAUGGUGUCAACUCUUGUCAUGGGUGAUUUAAAGGCGAACAAUGUUUGGAUGUCAUCUGUUCCUUAUUUUCUGGGGCAUCUGUCUCACUCUCUGCUUUAAAUGUAUGUCUCUAAUGGAUAUAACAUUUCUAUUGAUACUUUAUUUUGACUGUAAAUUGACACUGCAAUGGAGUAUUGACCUAGAUAGGAAAUAAAAGGGUGUGUCCAUGUAA